CUUAUUCUUUCUCCCUGUGCCCAGCUCCUAAUCACAAGCCACAUCAUGUCCUCCGACCCGGCCGGUGAAGGCACGAGCGAGACCCCGAACUAUCAGCUCUAUUGGUGCUACCAAUGCCACCGGAUGGUCCGGAUAGCGGCUGCCAAUCCAUCCGAGAUCAUUUGCCCGCGAUGCUUAGGCCAAUUCCUUGGGGAAAUCAACAAUCCUAGCCCGAGAUUUGUGGUCGACCACACCCAGUUCGAUCCUUCUCCGGAAGCCCGGUUGCUCGAAGCCCUUUCCCUCAUCCUCGACCCUCCGAUUCGGCGUUUCAACAACCUCGGACUUGAUAAUCAGGGAUCCGAGCUUCGAGGUCGAUCACUGCUUAGACCGCGGGGUGAUGUCCCUGACCAGGCGGAAGGAGAUUUUACGCAUCCUAUUGCUGAUUCCAUAGAGCUGAGGCCGAGGCUGAGGCGAUGGCCAAGGUCACGGCGGAGGAACCGAAGUCUGGACCUAGAUGGCAAUGGCAUCGACGACAGGCCCUUCACUUGGAUCUUUCUUACCCCGGUCGAUCCUUCUCGUCCAAUCACACUUCCUCCUAGGACAGAGGGCUUAGGAGCGAGGGGAAUCGAUCCUAGGGAUUUAUUUUUAGGGCGGGGGCUCGAACAGCUGAUAGAGGAAUUGACGCAGAACGACCGUCCUGGCCCGCCUCCGGCCCCUGGCUCUGCCAUCGAUGCGAUACCGACCGUGACGAUUGAACCAAGCCACUUGAACAACGACACUGAGUGUUGUCCCGUGUGCAAGGAGGAGUUCAAGGUCGGCGGGGAAGCGAGGGAACUGCCUUGCCAUCACUUGUACCAUUCGGAUUGCAUCGUCCCGUGGCUGCAGCUGCACAACUCCUGCCCGGUCUGCAGGCAGGAAGUGCCGCUUGUUUCUGAACCCGAGGUUCCGGUGGAUGACUUGGAAUCACGCAAUGGAGAAGGAAGGUGCCCCAGAUGGCUGCGACGGAGGCAUCUGUGGCCGUUUCGAGCCAGGCACAGGCAAAUUCACCCACCAGCUAACUCGUGGUGGAAUUCCUGCAGCAUUCUGUAGCUCGUUAGAUUUCGCCGUUGCUGUCAUCGGGAGCGUUCUUAAUCGAUUUGUAUAAU